UAUGUGCAAACGAAAUAGAGAACUUUGUAAUUUUCUUUUGGAGCCGAAGCAGUGAGGACUCGAUCUCAAUCCACAACCAGUGCUCAUCCUCGAUCGCGAUCCGCAAAGCAAACGCCGCAUCGAAGCUCUACGAAGCUCCAGGUAUACAUUGCGAAACAAUCAAACCAUACAAAUGAAGCAUAUUUUGAAGAUUAUGGGAUUGCUAGUGGCUAUUUCAGCCAUUUGGAUCGGACUUCUAGAAACAUCAGUUAUUCCACGUAGCUUUACUUGGUUGCUCCCUGUAUACUUGAUUGUGUCCUUAGGAUGUUAUGGUCUUCUGAUGGUUGGAGUUGGCCUGAUGCUGUUUCCAACAUGCCCUCAAGAAGCUGUAUUAUUGCAAAAGGACAUUAGAGAAGCCAGAGAAUUCUUAAAGGACAAAGGGGUUGAUGUAGGCUCAGAUUAAACUCUUCUUCUGGCCAUACGCAAAGCAUCACCCAGAGACUGCGUAGCAUAGUCGACUACCAAAUGAGCUUGACCUCACCAAAUAUGCUGACAUACGAGAUCAUGAAAUUGCGGGCUAGUUCGCAUUACUUUUAGUUUUUACUGCAGUGUCCCUAAAUUUGGUUUUCCCAACCUUUUUUGGAAGAGAUUUUCUUUUUUCCGUCUGUUGUGAAACUGUUACAUUGUUUAAACCAUGUUUCUUUUACACUGGAGAAUCAAUUUGUACAAAACAAGCAGCCUGAUCGUA